AUGUCAGACGACGCAAAAAAGAAACAAAUGAUGCAGAAUUUUCUGAACAGAAAACGAAAAAUGGAUCUGAAAGUUGAAGAGGAAAAAGAAGACGAUCAGAAGCCGUCGACGUCUUCGGAGAAGAAAGAAGUCGAGGAAAUCGAGAAAAAGAAAAAAGAGGAGGAGAAGUACGAUAAGGCUAAAAAGGCGCUUCUAUUCGAAGCAAAGCGAGCCAAGGAACGUGCCGAGCAAGUAGGACCACAAGGCUAUCUGAAGCCAAAGAGCCUCGGGACAAACAAGGAGUUCCUCAGGAGAACAAUCGAGUCGACGAUGCCACGCCGCAAGAAAAACGACGAAUAA